UAGUAUUAAUUUGGUUUUGACAUGCUGUAUAUUAAAUUAAUCUUGUGUGUGUGUGCGUUCAUCGGUUCGAGUGGUGCUCGCCGACGGAAAUUACCGGACGAACAGAAGUUGUUAAAGAAGUUGUUCGCGGCGUACAGUACGGAUGUACGUCCGGUGUAUAACUCGUCACACAAUGUGGUGAUCACUUUUAACUUUAACCUCAUCCAGGUUAUGGACAUGGACGAAAGGAACCAGAUAAUGACUUUGAAUGCUUGGCUUGACUGGCAAUGGAAGGACGAAAUGAUUGAGUGGGACCCGGCCCUGUACGGGGGUCUGGAGGUCUUUCGAAUUCCCUCCAAAAAGCUUUGGCUGCCGGACAUCGUGCUGUACAAUAAUGCUGACGACUACACAAGCGGAUUCAUGCAGUGCAAUGUUAUGCUACAUAGUGACGGAACUGUGAUAUGGGGCCCACCUGCGCGUCUGCGCAGUUCAUGCAAAGUGGACAUAACAUUUUUCCCAUUUGACAUUCAAAAGUGCCACCUCAAAUUCGGAUCAUGGAUUUACGACAAAUUGCAGGUAGAUAUCGUGAACAGGUCGUCUCAAGUGGAUGUGAACAACUACAUAACCAAUGGGGAAUGGCGGCUCACGAAGUACAACGUGAUACGUCACGAAGUCGUUUAUCCAAUCAGCGACGCCGUAUUUCCUGACGUCACGAUAUACCUCGUCCUUCACCGUCGUAUCCUGUACUACGUGCUCAACAUCCUACUGCCGUGUUUUUGGCUGAACAUCCUGAGCGUGCUCACGUUUUGUCUGCCGCCAGACGCCUGCGAGAAGAUAACUCUAAGCAUCACUGUCUGGCUGUCUUAUUCCGUGUUCAUGCUGCUCGUGGCAGAAAGCAUGCCUCCCACAUCAGACUACAUACCAUUAAUUGAAAUAUAUUUAUCCUUGUCGAUGUCUCUUGCGUCCGUGUCUGUGAUCAUGACUGUCUUAGUUCUUAAACUCCACCACUGCCCGCCGCAUCAGGUCAAAGUCCCUAACUGGAUCAGAGUUCUCGUUUUGAAGUACAUCUCCAGAAUCAUCAGAUGCACGUGCUUAUCAGAGAAAGAAACCAAAUACAAGAAUCCAACAAUCGUCGUAACCCCUAGCAGGGAGCCCGACCAGGUAUCAAAACUGGGUUCUAACGACAACGUCAACGGGAUUCUCGCGCGCCCAAACGACAGCAAGGCAGACGACAAUCUGAGCGUGGACUUCAGGGUCACAUGCACGAACUCCACGAACUCAUCGUCUGACGUGCACGUGCACAUCUACGAGAAGGCGGGCGCACUGGACGACCUGGUGAGGUACCUCAGGCUGCUGGUCGACAAGACUCGGGAAGAGGAGGAGGAGACGGAGUUACACGAUGAGUGGAAGCAGGUGGCGCUCGUCAUCGACAGACUCAUGUUCUGGUCCUUCCUGGCCAUCACCAUCAUAUUCACUAUCGUCGUGCUCAUCUUGAUACCGGCUAUCCAGUACGCAACAGAAGAGGAACACGGGCUUUAAGAAGUGUUGGAUCUAAGGACACUUCUGCAAAUAUUCAUGUGAAGCCAGACUCGUACAUGCUCUGGAUCAUAUUCUCUAUAACUAUAAUAUUCACUAGCGUCGUGUUCAUCCUGAUACCUGCUAUUCAGUAUGCAACAGAAGAGGAACACGGACUUUAAGAUGUGUUGGAGCUAAGGACUCUUCUGCAAAUAUUCAUGUGAAGCCGGACUCGUACAUGCCCUGGUUCAUAUUCCCUAUAACUAUAAUAUUCACUAUCGUCGUGCUCAUCUUGAUACCGGCUAUCCAUUACGUAACAGAAGAAGAACACGGGCUUUAAAAAAGUGUUUAAGAACGAAGACCUCUUCUGCAAAUAUCCAUGUUCUGGUCCAUAUUUUACAUAUAUUUUAAAUAGUAUUCACAAUCAUUGUAAUCCUGAUACCAACAAGGCCGUAGGAAGCUGUAAGGCCGGUCAGGAUUCGGCCUGACCAAUGUUUGGUUUGAUUUUCAACUUAAGGGGAAAAAACAAAUAUACUGCAUUAUGUCGUUAAUCCUGCGUGAAAUAUAGCUAAACUGCUUCAGAAAGCAGCAAAAUGUAUCUAUUACAAAUAUAAUCCUCAUGGUAGAAUCAAAAUAUGCUUUACUAAUAAUUUUGGGCUUCCUGCGCGCUUCAACUAUUCACUGUAUUCAGGACGCAACCAAACCGGAUCGCGGUUUAUAGGGACAGGUUAUUUUUCUUUCUACCUAGGCUUCCCGGAAUGUCCAGCUAAAGACUUACAAACAUCAUCAUAUUCUGGUCGGAUCUUGUCCUUGCUAAAUAUUCAGUCGUGAUGCUAAUUCUGGUAUGAUCUGUCCAGUACGCAUCAGACAUGGAACCCGGGAUUUUUUAGCGUGGGUGUGGGUAUUUUUUUGGCAUGCACGCCUGUCGUAUUGUCUAACUUCACCACAGAGUUCUGUGCAAGACAGGGAACCCGAGUUUUAUAGGGCUGGAACGGUUCAAUCACGUUUUCGGUGCACCAAAUACAGAUCAUCCGCGAUAUGUUCAGAUAUAUUAAAGUUUCAUUUGUU